UAGGUGUUUUUUCGUUUUGUCAUAUAUCGACAUGUAUUGAAGUCCGCUGAUCCUGUCUGUAUGUGUGUCUGUGUGUUUUCCAGAUUGUCCUGAUCUCACGGCCGGCAGCCUGGAGACCCUCACCAUGUGCCCCAAGCUGACGAGUCUCACCCUGUCCGGCGGCGUCCCUGACACCGUGAGCCUGGAGCCCCUCACCAGGUGCCCUGAGCUGUACAAUCUCACCCUGUCCGGCGGCGUCCCCGACACCGUGAGCCUGGAGCCCCUCACCAGGUGCCCUAAGCUGCUCAGUCUCACCCUGUCCGGCGGCGUCCCUGACGCCGUGCUGGACAGUCUCAGUGGCUGCCCCAGGCCGUUGUUCCUUACACUGGGGGACCGCCAGCGGCCGGCAGAGACGGCCUUCACAGCAGCAGCGGUCACCAGACUGGUGAAGUCGUGUCGGGAGCUGCGGGAGCUGUACCUUCACUGCACGGCAGACACCGGCCGGGCCGUGCUGACCGCCUUGAAUGAGGCGGAUUUGGGCCGGGACCGUUAUUGCCGGCCCCGUACCAUCUGGCUCCAUGUCCCCGGGGAGCUGUACCGUCAGCUGUGGAUCCAGGGAGGCGGUCGGGUCAGUGUGAGUGAGUGGAAGCAUUGAUGCGCUGCACUACCGACCGUGCAGUGAUGAGCUGACUGCAGAGAGGCCGAGCCAGUCGGCCGGGGCCGCCAGCUGACUGCUGCCGUGUGUGCUGCACCAGCCGGCACUGAGAGCGGCGCCGGUCAGCCGGCACACG